AUGGCUUCGCUGCGGUUUGUGUCCGAGGCAGAGCUGCGUGAGGAAGAGGCAGCCGGGAAGAAGCCCGUGGCGGCAAGCGGCCCGCGCCAGUCGCUCUACGCACAGCUGCAAGCUCAGCAGGAGGCCAAGGAUGCCGAGUGGGCAGAGAAGCAUGGGCCGAGCACAGACAUUCCGCAGUACGAUGACGACGACAUCGCUUGGUGGAACGAGACCGUCCGCCUCCGCUCGGCUGCAGAGCGCCAGCGGGCCGACGACGAGGCCGACGCCGUCGCCCGCUUCAAGGCUGCACAGAAAGAUCAGGUCAUCGUGGCCCUUGCCGACGACGACGACGAUGGAAACAACGACGACGAUGGCUCGAAGGGCAAGAGUGAGGCUGGCGAGGCCGCAACCUCUUCGUCCGCUUCGCUUCCCUUGUCCGGCAACGCUGCCGCGAGCACUGUGCCCGCAGCGUCGCCCGCCGCCCCGCUUGGCCUUGCCCCGCGGUUCCAACUCCGUGUCAAACGCAAGCGCGAUGCCGACAAGGCUGAACUCGAUCCCGCGCCCGCUGCUUUGCCGCCGCCUUCCUCCCAGCCGCCACCCAAGCGUGCUCGGCCCAAUCCGAGCCUCUCGGCCCUCAUCGGCUUUGGAUCCGACGACUCGGACUCGGACUCGGACUCGGACGCUGCGGCAUGA